GAUGACUGUACGUUAGCCUACCAAUUUAGAUAGUGUGAGAUAUUUUUAGGUAUAACCAGCUGGGGCAGGAGUGCACGAUGGAACAGUAGGUAUACGAAACUAGAGAGCUACCCGGAUGAAGUAAUGGGUUAAGACGAAGAAAAUCAACAAAGGCAGGAUCAUCGUUACCAACUCCUUCUCGUUCACCCUCUGUGUGUGCGUGGUAAAAACACGUAUAGACAAUGAGCAAACAAACUCACAAUAGACGGGUUACGUAAACUAAAGAAAAUUCGAACUGCUUAAAAAGGAAGACAAAGACACAAAGACAAUGAACAUGACGACACCUUCAAACAUGCAGGUGGACCUGCACGGACUGUUUGAGAAUAACAAAAGCUACGACUAUGAUCCUGAUUAUGAGUACAAGGAGGUGGUCUGUCGGUCCAGCACAGUCUCUGGUGCCUUGGGAGUCUUCAUGCCCAUGCUUUACUCUGUGGGGCUCUUAUGCGGGCUGCUGGGAAACGGACUGGUGCUGGCGGUACUGUUGCUUAAGAGGCUGAGUGCGAUGGACAUCUUCAUCCUUCUUCUAAGCGUAACAGACAGUCUGCUGCUGCUUACACUGCCUCUCUGGGCCGUGGAUGCGGUUAAAGGAUGGAUCAUGACACCAGGGCUCUGCAAACUGUCUGGAGUUCUGUUCGAGAUCAACUUCUACUGUGGUAUCUUCACGUUGUCCUGCCUCAUUGUUGACUGCUGUCUGUCCAGCAUCCGUGGAGAACAGCUGUUUUCUCGUAAAAAGCCUGUGGUUAUUUGCUGUCUGAUCAUCAGUGUCCUCUGCCUGCUCCUUUCCAUCCCUGAUUGGAUCUUUCUGGAUGCCAUCGGUGGUAGCACAGAUCAGGGUAAACUGGAAUGUAUUCACCAUUAUCUGCCUGAUUCCUGGCGUCUUGCCUCUCGUUUUCCACGUCUUCUGAGUUUUGUUCUGCCAGUACUUGUGCUGCUGUGCUGCUGUUCCUUCGUCCUGCUAAAGAUGGAGCGCAACCCAAAGUGCCAGCAGAAGAAGGACAGCCAAAGGACAGCUAUCAUUGGAGUCCUUAUGCUGGUUUUCCUCAUCUGUUGGACACCCUACAACAUUACGUUCAUGGUGAACACAUUUCAGCCAACGGAUAGCAUGUCUUUAGCAGCGGCAGAAGACUGUGAAGGGAGGCAGUGGACAGCUAUCAAAAUAACGUCAGUUUUUGGGCUUCUCCAUUGCGUUGUUAAUCCUAUUAUUUACCUCUGUCUCUCCAAAGAGUUCAGGCGACGCGUACUGACUAUGAUAAAGUUUAGUGCUUGUAAAAGGGAGAGCAGUAAAGUUUCGCUUUGGGACUCCAGUGGAGUAAAUGGUAAUGGUUCAGUCCAAGAGGAACAAGGUUCACGUCAACCUAUGAAUGACAUUAAACUAACAAUACAAGUUCAGGAUCAUGAUACGUGAAAGGUUGGAUCAUUAAACAUUGACUGCUGGACGCCCUGUAUUUUGUGUCUACUUUAUUAAAUGUGAGCAUUGAGUAGAUAUCACUAGGUAUAGAAUAACACAGUAAUGGGUGAUGGAGAGUCCACCAAAGUUUUCUCUACAUGUAUUCUGGAAAAAUUCUCUCAUUAUGGAUGAUAAAGGAUGAAAUGGAAAAAGACGGACAUGAAACGAAAGAAGGACAUGAAUUGCUGGUCAACUCAUUUGCACUUUAAUUCUGUUUAAUUGUAUGUCAGAUGAUUAGUCUGGUGAAUAUUUACUUUUAUCUGGCCAAAGGUUAUAUUUAUUUAUGCUGUGCUGUGUUUUGAAGUAAUGUUCUGAAGCAAUGUUUUUAGUAAUGGACUGAUAUUAUUUGCCAAUAUUUGGCCAGUUCUGUGCCCAUUUGCUUGAGUAACACAUGUCUUCAUUACAACUCAAUUACAAAAUAACUGGCAAUGGAUAAUAAACAACAUUUUCUUCUAAAUGUUUUUGUUUGUUUUUUGUCAGAUUUAAGUUACUAUUGUGUGAAAUCUUUAUUUCAGCAUUUGAAAUAUUUGUAUGUACUAUGCACACUAUUAGUCAUGUUAUUAUUUUUUUAAAUAUUAUUUUUAAAGAAGUAUCUUCUGCUCACUUAGCCUGCAUUUUUUUUAUUCAAAGAACAGUAAAACCAGUACAAAUUUCCAGUUAUUUUUACUAUUUAAAAUCAUGAUUUUCUAUUUGAGUAUAUUUAAAAUGUAAUGUAUACCUGUGAUUUCAAAGCUGAAUUUUUAGCAUAAUUCGUCCAGUCACAUGAUCCUUCAGAAAUCAUUGUAAUAUUUUGAUUUGCUGCUCAAAAACAUUUAUUGUGAUGUUGAAAAACAGCUGAGUGUUUUUCUUUUCCCUCCAGGUUUCUUUGAAUAGAAAAUUUAUCUGAAAUGGAAAUCUUUUGUUACGUUAUAAAUGUGUUUAUCAUCCCUUUGAAUAAUUUAAAGCAUCUUUGCUAAAGAAAAGUAUAAAUUUCUAUCAUUUCUUUCGCAAAAAAAAAAAAAAAAUUAUA